AGACAACGCUGCCAUUUUGUUGAAGUGAGGGCGUCGGGUCUGUCUGUAAAUGCAUAUUAAGAGAGCAUUUUAGCUAGUUGUUUUUUUUUUUUAAAAACUUCCAGCCACGAUGCUCUCCGCCGCCCAGUUACUCGAUGAGUUGAUGGGCAGAGACAGAAAUCUGGCCCCGGAUGAGAAGCGCUGUAACGUUCGCUGGGACCACGAGAGCGUUUGCAAGUAUUAUCUGUGUGGCUUCUGCCCAGCUGAGUUGUUUACUAACACACGUUCUGACUUAGGUCCGUGUGAAAAGAUUCACGAUGAAAACCUACGCAAAAUGUAUGAAAAGAGCUCCCGAUUUAUGAAAGAAGGCUAUGAGAGAGAAUUCCUGAGGUACCUGCAGAGUCUGCUGGCUGAAGUGGAGCGCAGAAUCCGAAGAGGACAUGCCAGACUGGCACUGUCGCAGGCGCAGCAGAACGCUGGAGGACCUCCUGUGUCCUGGAAGAAUGAAGAGAAGGCCCAGGUCCUUACAGAGAAGAUCGACGCACUUGUUGUCCAGAUUGAGGAGCUGGGUAACGAAGGCCGUGUUGAGGAAGCUCAGGGCAUGAUGAAGCUGGUGGAGCAGCUAAAGGAGGAGAGGGAGCAGCUUAGUUCAACACCAUCUACGAUUGAAAGCUACGCUGCUCAGGAAAAGCAGAUGGAGGUAUGUGAGGUGUGUGGUGCUUUCCUCAUCGUCGGUGAUGCUCAGUCCAGAGUAGAUGACCAUCUAAUGGGGAAACAGCAUAUGGGAUAUGCUAAAAUUAAAUCUACUGUGGAGGAACUCAAAGAGAAACUCCGUCGGCGCUCGGAGGAUCCCGAAAGAGACGAUCGGGAGAAAAGAGAAAAGGAGCGGGAGGACAGAGAGCGGGAAAGGGAGGAGAGAGAGAAAAGGCGUAAGGAGGAGGAGGAGCAGCGAGAGAAGGAGCGGGAGAAAGAACGGGAGAAGGAGCGUGAACGGGAGCGGGACAGGGAGCGGGAGAGAGAGCGGGAGAGAGAAAGACGCAGCAGGCGAAGUCACUCCCACAGCCGGCACUCGAGUCGGGCAUCAGAGCGCCGCAGAAGCCGAUCACGGGACAGGAGGAGGAGCAGGAGUAAGGAACGGGACAGGAAGCGCAGCAGGAGCCGUGACCGAGAGAGGAGGCGCAGCAGGGACCGCAGUAGGGAGCGCUCAGACAGGAAGAGGCGUUCCCGCAGCAGGGAGAAAAGAAGGUCCCGCAGCUCUGAUCGCCGGAGCCACCGACACCGCAGCCGCAGUCGAGACAGGGACAGAGAAAAAGACAAAACUACUAGAGACAAAGAGCGCAAGAAUACCGAAGAGAAGAAAAGCAAUGGCAAGGGCUCAGGUGACGAGCGGCCUAGCGAGCCCACAAAUACUGAGCCCAUGGAGGCAGAACCUCCUAAGGCAGAGCUGAACGGCAUCACUGAAGAUCUCCAUUCUGAAGGUGACACUCAGUCCAAUUAAAACUGAUCUGAUAGGACCUCAGAUCAGCUCCAGGAGAUGCCGGGGCAGCCGAGCGAAGAAGACCUGAAGACCUCCAACCAUUGACCUGCAAAACUCCGCUGCUUAAAACAAGGUGAACCACAGAUGUGGCCUAAUUAGAAUAAAAAUACGAAGAAUAAAUGUCACAUAGUUAGCCGCCCUUUUCUACCAGUUUUACUGAAGCUUGUUUUUAUUUUCUUAUUAUUUUUGUUUAGCCUUCAUACUUUAUUAUCUAUAUGCCUUCAAGUACAAGACAUUUCUGUUAGUAAGCGUCAGAGGAAACGUACCUGUAACAUGUUUGCAUUGCAGAUUUGCAGUCUUUCUUCAUGUUUUAGAAUUUCAAGAGCAGUUUUGGAGAUUAAUGUACAGUGUUUUGACUGAGACUCAGAUUGGGCUCUCUGUUGCGUCAUUUUUGUAAUUUCUUUCCUUCUCUGUAAGGUCUAUCUGGAAUGUUUAAACCAGUAUAGUUCGAAAAAAGUAGAUUUUCCUUUUGUUGAGAUUUUAAAAUCUGUAUUUGUCUGAAUAAAAAGGCCAAAUGAAUUGAUAACAAA